GCACCCCAGGUAAGUGGUUGUGGCAGAGAAAAUGACAGUGACCACCAGCUCUCCGGCUGGCUGCACAUCUGGCUGUCACCAAGCACGUAACAACAGCAAACUACCGCACUGCCUACAUUGCCUCAGAGAGCUUCAGCUACAUGGCUACGAGCAAGCAAUGAAGCUUCAGCUUCCUUAAUUCUGAAUGCCAGUUCACCUCAUCUAGAUUUAGAAGAGACAAACCUUAGCUAGGAGCCUGGUCGAGCUCCCUCAGGGAAUGAAUAAAACCUAUGGACUCUGGGAGCAAAUGUUUUCAUAGGCAGCUCAGUCUUCCAAGCCCAGGAAUCCCUUCCAGAUAUUUUUCUUCAUUAUGCAAGCCUUUUCCAUCAUUUUUCCACGUCAUGCCAUCUGCUUAGUUUCUGCUCGUUUAGGGGUGGAUUUUUUUCUGGGCUACAAAGCUGCCACUACGUGCUACAGAGGAGGGAGUCCAAAGUCUAGUUCCUGGCAAAUGGUACUCUGGUAGCUGGAGCUUCAGUGGAAACCACUUACUGGGUCAUUGCUAUGUGUGCACUGGCUAAUUUGCUCUAACUAUAACUAAUUUUAAAAGAUUAGUUGAUUAGCUUGAAUAAUUAACAUCUUUGUAGCUGAAUUGUCUGCCAGAAGAGAACAAGCCAUAUUGUGUUGCUCAUAGUAAGGCAGGAUAAAAAAAUGUACACAGUUCUGGGUGGUCUUCUCACAUUUUAUUCACACUUUGAACCUGCUGCCUCACUGAGAAGCUUCACUGAAAAGAUUAUGAGGUUUAAGGCGUUGCUAGUUACAAUGCAUGUGUGGACAAAUACAAACUAUUUUUAUAGAAACAAAGAUCUUUGCUGUUUUGACGUUGAUUACUGGGGUGGGUUUCCACUGUGGUCUCCACUUGACCUUGACACGGUGCAGUGAGCCGGUGCUUGCUGUCUCCUCUGAGAGCUGCUUCUGUGCCUCAGUGCAUCACCACCACCGCUAGAAGGUGAAAGCUCUGCAAGCUUCUCUAAGCUGUGGGAGCUUCAGGAUACUUGUCUUUUUUCCUUUUCUGACUAAGAUUUCACUCUCCUCAAAGUAAGGGGAGGCAGAAAAUGGGCAAGUUACGCGGGGCACUGGAGUUCUGCCUCCGCCACCAGACCGUUCUGGGUCACAGCAUUGUGUCCCUGCUGACGGCUGCCAGCGAGCACACCUUCUCCUUUGUGGUGUUCAAGCAUCCCGGCAAUCCUGGGAACAUGCUGUACGGCUCCGUCUCCCUCACGGUGCCUGCCUUCGUCCUCUUUCUGCUUGGCUGAAACAUGGUGAACGCCAGGACGUGGUGCCUGGGGACAGGCAGCUGCCCUCCGAAGACGCUGAGCUGCAGCCCCUGGGGAACCUGCUCCCACUACUGCCUCGUGCUGCUGUCGGUGACAGCCAGGGCUUUGGUGGACCCAGGCUUCACCUGGACCACGGUAGCCCUGCUCAGAGCCAGCUUCUACAAGUGCACGGCCAGUGGGAACAGCCUGAUAAUGAACCUCGACUGUAAAGAUAAAGGAUGAGAGUGCCACAAGCUGCUGCUCAAAACACCCUGCAAUGAGAAGUUAUUGGAGGAGAUAGCAGGCGAAUUCCUCAGCCUUCAGGCACAGUCCCAGCUGAUAGGACGGCUCCUGAUAGUCAGCAUCAUGACUGUGGCACUGAUUGUAACACGUGUCAUCCACUGUCACUCCCCGGUUAGCUAUCUUCAACUCAAGUUCUGGAAAAUUUGCUCGAAAAAGGAAUGGGAGCUCUUUGGGACCAAGGCUAAAGAGCCUGCAACCAGGCUGGCAGAAAUAAAUACAGAUUGCUUUUUUGAAGCCACUAACCCAGCACCAUUUCAGACUUCCAGCAAUGAAGACUGGUGGAAGAUUUCAUUCUUGUAGACCUUAAAUUCGCAGGAGCAGUAUUACAGCAUGAUACACAAGUACAAACACAGAGGCAACAGCAUCAGAUUCGGGGAAGGAGAUCAGAAACCCCCUGUUUUAGGAUUUGUGGAUGAAGAAAGCGCAAGUGAAUCACGGUUUUAAUGAAACAAAUCCUUUGCAACCCUGGCAGUCUUUUAACCCUACUGAUAUAAUAAGAGUCUUAUUCUGCGCUCUUAUUGAAAUCUAUGCAAAUUGUAUGUAGAAGCUGAUAGUCGUAACCCUCAGCAGAUUUGUUUUUAAAUACACUUUAUUACUUUUGCUUAAGUACAUUUAAAUAAAUAGAUCUGUCAUGA